AUGAAUUCAGUAGCUGAAGAAACCAUUGUGCAAUGUAAUAUUGGGUCUGUCACCAUGUUCUAUUGUGUCUUGGGCUACAUGGGCCUCUUGGCCAUUGCUAGUUUCAUUGUGGCCUUCCUGGCCCGCAAGUUACCUGACAGUUUUAACGAAGCCCAGUUCAUCACCUUCAACAUGAAUUCAGUAGCUGAAGAAACCAUUGUGCAAUGUAAUAUUGGGUCUGUCACCAUGUUCUAUUGUGUCUUGGGCUACAUGGGCCUCUUGGCCAUUGCUAGUUUCAUUGUGGCCUUCCUGGCCCGCAAGUUACCUGACAGUUUUAACGAAGCCCAGUUCAUCACCUUCAGGGACCUCUUCAUCGGUGGGAUUCUUACUCAGAGCACCUACCUUUUUAAUGAAGUUUCAUUCAAGGAACAUCCUUCUCAGGAGCUGUUUGACAUUCCACAUGUAACCACCAAGUUCUAUCAGAACAUCCUGGCCUUGGUUUUUGCCAUAAAAGAGAUCAAUGACAAUCCGAAGAUCUUGCCCAAUGUCACCCUCGGUUUCCACAUCUAUGACAGCUAUUCUGAUGGGAGAAUGACCUAUCGAACCACUUUGGACCUUCUCUUCAAAUGUGUAAAAACAAAGUUCUAUCAGAACAUCCUGGCUAUUGUGUUUGCCAUAAAAGAGAUCAAUGACAAUCCGAAGAUCUUGCCCAAUGUCACCCUUGGUUUCCACAUCUAUGACAGCUAUUUUAAUGGGAAAAUGACCUAUCAAACCACUUUGGACCUUCUCUUCAAAUGGCAAAGAUUUGUCCCCAACUACAAAUGUGAUACUCAGAAAAACCUCAUGGCUGUGAUCGGGGGACUCACUUCUGAAAUCUCUGUCAAAAUGGCAGAUGUCUUAAGUCUCUACAGGAUUCCACAGGUGCUUCCCUUGUCUUUGUGUAAUGAACCCUGUCGCUCUGGUUAUCAGAAGAAAAGAAUGGAAGGGGAAAAGUUUUGUUGCUAUGAUUGUACUCCAUGCCCAGAGGGGAAGAUUUCAAACCAGAUUGAUAUGGAUGCAUGUUCCAAUUGCCAAGAAGGUCAGUAUCCAAACAAGAAGAGAAAUGGAUGCAUCCCCAAAGUUAUACAUUUUUUGUCCUAUGAAGAACCUUUAGGGAUCACUUUAGCCUCACUUAGUGUCUUAUGUUCCCUGAUUACUGCUUUGGUGUUGGCUAUUUUUAUCCAGCACAAAGAUACCCCCAUAGUCAUAGCCAACAACCGAGAUCUCACCUACACUCUCCUGGUCUCCCUCCUGCUCUGCUUCCUCUCCUCCUUGCUUUUCCUUGGCCAACCUGGCAAAGUGACCUGCCUUCUCCAACAACCUGCUUUUGGCAUCAUCUUCUCCAUAGCUGUUUCUUGUGUGUUGGCAAAGACCAUCAUUGUUUCUCUAGCAUUCAUAGCCACAAAGCCAGGAUCCAAGAUGAAGAAAUGGGUGGGAAAGAGACUGGCUCAUUCCAUUGUCCUUUCAGCGUCCCUCAUUCAAGUUGGCAUCUGUACUCUGUGGCUGACAAUGUCUCCUCCCUUCCCUGAGCUAGACAUGAAUUCAGUAGCUGAAGAAACCAUUGUGCAAUGUAAUGUUGGGUCUGUCACCAUGUUCUAUUGUGUCUUGGGCUACAUGGGCCUGUUGGCCAUUGCUAGCUUCUUUGUGGCCUUCCUGGCCCGCAAGUUACCUGACAGUUUUAACGAAGCCCAGUUCAUCACCUUCAGUAUGUUAGCAUUUUGCAGUGUUUGGAUCUCUUUUGUUCCCACCUACCUGAGCACAAGAGGGAAACACAUGGUGGCUGUGGAGAUCUUCUCCAUCUUGGCCUCCAGUGCUGGGUUACUGGGUUGCAUCUUUUCCCCGAAAUGCUAUAUCAUUGUGCUGAGGCCUGAACUGAACAGCAGGGAUCAAUUAAUACGAAGAAAGGAUUAA